GACUUGCAAGCUCUUCAAUGCGGAGCUGCCGCCAUGCCUCACUUUGCAAGCCCUCUUUUAAGAAACAUCAUCAUCAGGAGUCCGUUUGAUGGCAUCAAGAAGAAGCAGUGCCUCCAGUAUUUGAAAACCCUGAGAACACUGCAGUACGAUGGGUUUAAGACCGUGUUUCUGGGGGAAACAGAGAUCCCCGAGAGCCUCGUCACUGGGGAGGAUUUUAGUGCAGGGCUUUGCAUGCAGAGUCCGACUUGGUAUGUGGUGCACGCGGGGGGCAGCCAGGGGUGGGUGCCUUGGAGAUACCGGGUGCUCCUGAAAGAUGAGCGCAGCGUCCACCCGGAGGAAGGCCUCUUCCUUGAGCUCUGCGCUGCGGUGCAGAGGGCCUACGGGAAGUGCGCCAUCGUGGUCAAGGACCCCAGGCCCCAGGGGGACAACGAGGCCGAGGCCCAGGCCCGCGCAUCCUCGGUCAUUAACCUAAGGAGCAUCGCCUGCUGCCCUGAGGUGGCCAAGUCCUGUGGCCACGAGCUGCUCUCUCUGCCCUCCCCGUACAACUCCCUGAACCCUCUGGACUUGGCCUGGUCUUCCCUGAAGUGGUUCAUCAUCAACAACAGGAAGGAGCUCUGCCUGAGGUCCAUCGACAGCACCUGUUCCUACCAGCUCAUCCUUUUCAGUGACCUGGUUAGCAGAGGGUUGGAGAGGCUGAACCUGGGCAAGUGGAGGACGCUGAUUAACAAAGUGCGGAGAUGGGAAAACUACUACCUGGGGAGGUUUUCCUAA